GUAACCAUAUUAAACUUAAUGGCGGCGCGUUUAACAAGCUAGAUAUUCAUAUUCUUUUCUUUUAAACUGAACUUCGGCUCAAUGGAGGCAAAUCAAAGAAAGUCAAAACUUAUGCGCGAUGUUUCAACUGCUCGUAUGGGUUUAGAAACAGCUUUGAACACAAUUAUUCUAAAGGCAGAGGAAGAAGAUGAGAAAGCUUUGGCCGCUGAUCAAGCAUCUAAUGAAUCCGAUGGUCAGGGAAAGCGUUUCAAGUCUAAAAAGUCUCGAAAGUCAAAGAAAUACGACGAAUAUGAAGAUCAACCAUUUGUUAUGAGAAUGUUUGAAAGGACUGUUGAUUUGACCCACUUCGAUGGAAAUUCUCCUCUAUAUGCCAUCGCUCGAGCUUGGAUUCUCAAUCAAUCGGUUCCAACAGAAGAAAUAAAGACGGAGACAAAAUCAGAAAAUCUUAAAAAUUUACAAUUACCGACUGUGACAAUUCCUAUUGAGGAUGGUGAAAAAAACUAUCGAGUUCCGGAACCAAUAGAACAUCCAGAAACAAAUUUCAUAGAAGAGAUAAACAGAGAUCCUGAUGAUCAACCCGGAUCCGAAGCUCUCCUCUUGGAUCAUAUGCAACAUUGGAAGAAAGUUAAAGAAAGUUGGCGAGAACACAGUCGACUUCUACAUAAGAAACACGGUAAAGAGUGCUAUCAAGUUCUUCGUAAAAUGUUCGACUCUGUGAACAGAACGCAGGAAACGGAAAAAGAGCAAACGAGCAUUCCAACUCUCGUUUAA